AUGGCACCGGUGACGAGAGCAAAUAUCAAAGGAUCUCGGAGUGCUACAACCCAAAUGCAUCUGCCCAAGUUCUUCGCGAUUCGCAAACGAGGUGCUGGCAACAAAGGUUCAACGGAUAGUCCAAAGAAGUGCAAAGUUGCCACGGAGAAUCAAACGAAGGCCUGGGCUCCAAUUCAAGCCAAGAAAGUGCUCGGAAUCCUUUCCGAAUUGCCUCCGAUCUUGUACCCGGACUUCUUCGAGCAUUUGAGUGCAGACGAGCUAUUCAAACUUUCAAUGCUAUCAAUGGAUCUUUAUGGGCUUGUGACGGACUUUAUCUUUUCUGGGGCAUUCUUGGUGAAAUUGUUGAGGGAGAUUGAAGAUUUAUCGGCGCCUGAAGUCUAUCAACGUGACCAGAGGAAUGUUGCUUACAAUUAUGGACGACUCCUGAAAAUGGCGACUGUGCUGAAGACUUCGGAGGAGCGUAUCAAAUUUUUAGUCAAGCUAAUGGAGGCCGGAUUAGAAGAAAGCAAUAUGAGUGCUUGGGGAAUGAUUCUGACAACAUAUUCGGAUUAUUGGGAGUUCACCGAGUGUUCACGUUUGUUGGAUGCUGUGCUCGACAUUCACGACGGAACUUUGCGCAAACUUGUUGCAGAGGUUAUGGUUUCAUCAGAUGGCAAACAACCAGAAUUGGAGAUGCAAGUAAGACUUGCCAUACGUGGGCUGUUUUUGGAUAUGCAAUACUCGGAUCAAGCUGCCAGCGCGUUUUGGUUGGCUGCCGUUCUCAACAAGCUAACGACUCCGGAAUACCGCCCAAAAUUCUUCAUGUUACUGUUUUUGGAUCCCGUGGAAGCAAAUGGAAAAAAGACUCUGGAUUGGCGUAGGAUGGUGACUGAGGUUAUCACGUCGUAUUACCACUCAAUGCGCUUCAUUUCGCCACUUUCUAAGGCGCUCACGCGUCUGCUCAGCACUGCCGAACAUUUGACCCGUCCAUGCCGAGCACUUGCCUACACACGCAGUAUGAUGUUCAAUCUUGUUGAGGAAAUCACCACGUAUCCUGAGCCAUGGAGCCUUGACACCUACACAGCGCUUCAUGUACAUGAGCCAUCUUUGAUCUCUUUGAGCAUCGAAAUGCGUAUGCAACAACAACUUUAUGCAGAAUCGGGAAAUAUACUGUCACAGGUCAAAAACAUGGCCGUUGAAUGGAGCUUGCCGAUCGAGAAAGUGGUGGAAGAGCCAAUCCUGAAGCUGUUCACUUGGUUGAGCUCGACAACUCUUCGAAAAACUUUGCUUGUGGAGUUUGUCAAGGCGAACGCUAACCAUUACGCGGAAUGUCUGAAUGCUGGAUUGUACCAAAAUGUGCAACGCGAAUUAUCGACAAUUAAUGUCUCCAGCAUUGACACGCGCGAACUUGCCCCCACCGCAUUUGGGCGAUUCGGAUUUGCAAUUCGAGGCAUCAACAUCCGAGGAGUGCCUCAAGUUUCUCCAGCAGUUGUCCUACAUAUCGGACGUGUGAUUUAUCAAUUGAACUUACGAGAUGAUAAAGCUCACAAAGUCUAUAAUCGGAUAAGGGACCCAAUCAAUUCUAUCCGUGAUCAACUUCUCAAAAGAUUUGUCAUCUCCAUCCGGCUGCCAGAAAAGCAACCUUUCGAAAUAUCGGUCAAUGAUUAUGGAGCUUAUGCGGACGAGGCGUACACAAUCAAGUUGGCUUAUGGGCAAAAUGGACAAGUGCUGAUUGUGUUACAACCGUUACCAAAAAAGGUCGACUACUACUUUCGUGUCACCAUGGUUCAGUCAGAAGAAUUUUCGGGUUAUUUUGCAAUCACUCAACCUCAGCAAAUAGCAAAUGGUGGAUACAAAUGCUUGUCGACGAUAGUGCUCAAACACGGAAGAAUGAUGAUGGACGUACAUACGGUGGAUGACUUUAGCAGCUUUCCUUCAAAAUUCCAUGUUGAUGAGGAUAAACUGCGCACACUAAAAGAGGAGCUGAAUAUUCUCACACCAACACAGCCAAGUUUUGUUCCAUCUUCGAAUCAAUCUAUUGUCCUAUCAUCAUAUCAUCGGGGCGUGAGGCUGGUACGGGAUGAGUUUCAAGAACGGGAGUCGUUGGACGUUUUGAGUGACACAUUUAUGGAUCGGCCUACGAGCGACACUUAUGGAGCAUCAAAAGAAGGAAGCCGACUCGAUGUAUCUAGUUAUGUGCAAGACACUCUCCUUGGUGUGACAUCUUUGACACAACAUUUGAGCAGCGGCUCUGAAGGGAUCGAUCAUGAUGAAAUGGAGUUUCCUCGUAAACGAGACUCACCUCAAUCGAUGCGUCACAGGAAAAAGUUUUAUGGAGACGAUACAAUGCAAGGGCCAUUCAGUACAACUGCUGUGGCGGACACAGUGAGGAGGCGACUUCCCGCAUCACCCCUUCUAACCACAGCUGAAUUACCGUUGCCACACAAAAGAGUUAGAACUCUCGGACGAACAAAGAUUGAACAUAGCAAGACUACAAAGAAGACCCCUAUCAAGGACGAAAAGCUAAAUGUCGAUGAUCCCUACACUUUCAAAGAUGAUGAAGAAGAUACCAUCAAGCUAGCAAGUACUCGGGCUAAGGCCAGUACAACUUUACAUCAACGCAGUAUGCCUUCACCGAUGGAUCCACUUUCUGAGAUUCCUCAACCACAUCAGCGUACAGGUGGACUUCGAGCGAAAAGCAAGAUAAAAUUCAUGGCCGAGAAGCUCACAAAGUCUCCAAAUCAACAAACCAAAAAGCAAGCUUUGGAAUUGGUGCAUAACCGUGAAGCAGAGCGCCAUACAAGCAAGAAAGUUGAGGGACAAAAAGGCUUGGAAAAUGAUGGGGAAGCGAGAAGAGGCAAGUGGCUGAGGAAAGGCGAAGAGAAGAAAUCUUCCGUGACUACUCGUGUCGUGGAAAUUAUGACCCCCGCUAAGCUUGGUGAAGAUGAUUCUACUCUUUCUUUUGAAAAGACUUUCGCCGAAUCGGAGCCUCAACCAAGCCAUACGGAAAGUGUCGCGAUUUCAUCAAUCAUCACGGAUCAGUUUGAUUUGGUUCAACCAUUGGGCGGUGAAUUGCUUCCUCACUCUAAAUUUCUGAGGAUUCGAUCAAGUCAAGGCUCAACUGCUCAAUCAUCACUAUCAUCCAAUGUCAAAUUUUCAAAGAGCAAAAAUAAACUUCAACUUCUGACUAACGCCAAACGUAAGAAUGAAGAAGAGAAAGACAAUGUCGUGGAUGAAGGACUCUUCUAUCAAGAGCGUUUCUUCUCUAAUGACGGAGUGCCUGAUUAUGGCCAAGAAACGGUCGCCGAAUUCAAGCACAUCAGCGACGUUUUUCGACGUUUCAUCCGCGAGUUCAGCAUUGGAGGAUUUCAAAUGAUCUACCGUGAGCAGCUCAAAAAGAACUACAAUCUUUGCAAAUAUCAAUUGGACAUCUCGUUGAAUCAUUUGCGAGUGUUUGAUGAAGAUGCUGAAAAGAAAUUGCGCACUUAUCCGAUGAAAUUUAUGCCAGCGUUGGAAGAAGCAGCAAAGAUUGUCGCCGAUGAAGUGACCAAACCACGACCUGAAGGGCAAGAACAAGUGCAAGAUAUUCAGGUGACACUCGGACUCGAAGAAUAUUCAACGACGAUUCGUAAAGUGAAGAGUACCCAAGUUUCGCAAAUCAUCAAAAUUUCUGGAAUCAUUGUGGCUUCGAGUCAAGUGCGUGCCAAAGCGACAAAAUUGACUCUUCAAUGUCGACAAUGCCACCACACAAUUGCGGAUAUUAAGAUCAAAUCCGGAUUUGAUGGUUACGCUUUGCCUCGCCAAUGUGGAGCUCCUCAAACUGGCCAAAUGCAACGUUGUCCGAUGGAUCCCUAUGUGAUUCUUCCCGAUAAAUGUAUUUGCGUCGACUACCAAACAUUGAAGCUUCAGGAAAAUCCCGAAGAUAUUCCACACGGUGAAAUGCCCCGUCAUCUUCCACUUUACGUCGAUCGUUACCUCACGGAUAAAGUGAGCCCCGGCUGCCGUGUCACUAUUUUGGGGGUAUAUUCAAUCAGAAAGACAAGCAUGCAAAAGAAAAAUGCUGAGAAGUCAAUGAGUGGUAUUCGUGUUCCUUACAUGAAAGUUCUCGGAAUCAAGGUGGAAACGAAUGGAGCUGGAAGGGCCGAAUCAACGGAAUUUACUCCCGAACAGGAACGCGCUUUCCACGACAUUUCAAAAAGGGCUGAUGUCUACGAUUUGAUCUCGAAAUCGAUCGCGCCUUCAAUUUAUGGAUCAGCUGAUAUCAAAAAGUCAAUUGCUUGUCUACUUUUUGGCGGAUCACGGAAAAGAAUGCCAGAUGGUAUCACUCGACGUGGUGACAUCAACUUGUUGCUUCUUGGAGACCCAGGAACUGCCAAAUCUCAACUUUUGAAAUUCGUUGAGAAAGUCUCGCCAAUUGGCGUCUACACUUCUGGUAAAGGAUCGUCAGCCGCUGGUUUGACUGCAUCAAUUGUUCGUGAUCCAAACACGCGCGGUUUCAUCAUGGAGGGCGGUGCCAUGGUCUUGGCUGAUGGUGGUGUUGUAUGCAUUGAUGAGGUUGGCAACGAGGCAAUGAGUGGAGCAAUCGAGUCGCGAAUAGAAGUUGGGCCCUGUGGUUGCAUGCAAUGGCAUAAAAACAACUCACAACAAGAACAGCUCCAGUGGCUCGCAGAUGUCGUAGGGGGUGAUAACAAGAAGUUACGACUAGCUGAUGAAAUUCUGAAGGGAAGUCAUCAACUUCUCGCGGAUAUCAUGAACAACGCCUUUAUUCUUUCGUCGAAGCCAUUUAGAAAGGAUGAGCCAACGGAGAAGAAAGUAGGAGCGUUUUCGCUCGAAGAAGCUAUUGCGAAACAAAACGAGUUCGACCAAAGGAUCGUCAAUGUUCUGAAGAAGCAAGAGCCAGGAUGCUUCCAAUCUCUUCUGGUGGGCUUCUUGGUGAUCGUCAUAGUCUUCUUCGCCUCGCUCGCUUCCGUUCCCGUCGACUCAACCGACCCAAAUGCGCUUUAUGAUCGACAUCACUACAUC